UGUCCCUCGGACACAGCGGAUCAUGGAUCACGGAAAAAGCCGAAGAUGUCGGCUCGGUCAUGUGAUCAGCUGUGUCCAAUCACAGCUGAUAACAUGUCACUGAUGAUCAGUGUGCCCUGAUGAUCGGUGUGGCCCCAGAAGUGCCACCUGUCAGUGUCCAUCAGUGCCAGCAGUCAGUGCUCAUCAGUGCCACGUGCCAGUGCCCAUCAGUGCCACUUCAAUGCCACAUAUCAGUGCAUACCAGUGCACAUCAAUGCCACAAAUCAGUGCACAUCUGAGCUGCUUUUCGAUGUCACCCAUCAGUGCCAGUAAGUGCCACUUAUCAGUGCCACCUAUCAGUGCCAGUCAGUGUCACCUAUCAGUGCCAGUCAGUG